UGAUCUACAGCAUGGCUGAUUAGGUUAAAAUAAUGUAGAAUUUUUUUUCAAUAACUCGAGUUGAAAAUUUACAACAGUUAUCAUGGAUAAGAAAAGUUUGGACCACGAAAGGAAGAGACUUACAUCAAUAAUCAAACAAUGGAAUGAAAGUAGAUUGGAUUUAUUCGCAAUAUCUCUUCCAGACGAGAAACUUGAAUGUCAUGGAGUAAUGAGAUUCUACCAUAAAGAUUCGGCAAAUAACGGAAAAUAUGCGACAAAGUGUAUUCGCGUAUCCAGCAAUUCAUCAACAAAAGAAGUCGUAGAAAUGUUGUCAACUAAGUUUCGGCCUGACAUGAGAAUGCUGACAAAACCAACUUAUAUCAUAAAUGAAGUUCAUGUGGAUGGAGAGGCGUAUGAAAUGAGACAAUUAAAAGACAAGGAAAAACCAUUAUUGGUGCAACUUAGUUGGGUAAAAGAUGAUCGAGAAGGGCGGUUUCUGCUACACAAUGUUGAUGACAAAGCACCAGUCAGGUUAAUGGAUCAGUUUGUCGGACCAAACAACGAGGAUUCCUCGUUCAAAUUAACCCGUAAUUUAACAAAAAAGGAAAAGAAAUUAAAGAAGAAACAAGAAAAGGCUUCAAAAAAGAAUAAUAGCUCUUCAACUGAAGAUAGCAGCAAUACUGAUGCAAGGCAACAAGAGAUUUACACAGUAAAACAUCUAUACAGCCAAGUACCUGAAUCAACAUUCACAAGAACUGUUUCUAAUCCAGAAGCUGUAAUGAAAAAACGACGGGAGCAAAAAUUGCAAAAACGAGGAGCGAAUAUUCUCAAAGUUUACGGCGACAGCAUUAAUCCAGAAAUUCCAUACAAAUCACUUCUCUUGCUCCCGACUGACAAUGUAUCUACUGUAAUAAGAGAUGCACUGGACAAGUAUGGCCUGGGAAAAGAAUCACCGAAAGAUUACUUCCUAAUAAAGGUGGUUGGACCACCAAACUCUAAACCAGAAGAAAUGUUGAAUGAAGGUUGGGGCAGAGAAACCAUCCUGACGGAUCCAAUGUGUCCUCUUGAUAUCGAGCAGAAUUGGCGACCCCAUGAAGGAACCUUAGUUAUUCAACUUCGUCAUAAAGACAUAGACCACAGCAAAAAUUCCAAGAAAAGUUCAUCUCCCCCAUCAAGUCACGUCAGCGCUUCAGAAAAGCCUUCAGAAUCUGAUAAAAAAUCAUCUAAAAACAAAGAAAAGACACAAGCACAACAACCGGUUACUUCACCAUCAGAGAAUCAAGUCAACGGAGAAGUUGGGAAUUCAAACGACAAUGUUCCCAAGUUUUUAGAGUUAUCUACCUCAUCAAGUCAGUAUAAGGAGCAUGUUAUAUCCCCGAAUGUAACAGAGAUUGGCAGCGAUCGAAGGAGAGCAGCAUAUGGACCUUUCAUUGAAUUACAACAUCGGAAUGAUAUUGCCCCGUCACAUUGUGUUGUCACAAAUAUGGAUGGCGUCGUCACAGUGACACCACAAAAUAGUUCAGAAGUAUUUGUCGACGGACAUUCGAUCGAAGAAACAACAAUGUUAUCUCAUGAAUCUGUUAUCAGGAUAGGCAGAGAUAAGAAUCUUGUGUAUUGUGAACCUGGUCAGAAAGUAUCGAUGCCUCAGAUUCGAAAAAAAAUUCAAGCAUAUUCACAAACUCGAAACAAGGGACUAGAGAGAAACCAACAACAACGUAGCAGUCAGCAGGCCAGAGCAGCAGACAAUCGUCAGAAGUCAGCGUCAUUGCCAAGACAAUUAGAUGAUCAACAACAAUAUCAUCAUCCCUACUCAAGUUCCUCACGAGGAGCAACUUCCUCAACCUCCUCUACUCAAAGUAAACAGUCCUCAGUGGCCCACCAACAACAACAACAACAACAUCGUAAAAAUACCAAGAACAUGCCACCAACAACUCAUACAGUGAGGGUUUUACCAGCUACUAUUCAACUGCGAAAUGGAGCUGAAGAGACAUUCCUAAUGGAAGUUGUAUCAGCGACAGGAAUGAAUCUACAUUUUAAAUUAUCUCCUGCUUAUGCUAUUUAUUUAUCGUUACGUGACAUUGUGGAAGUUACACCUAAAACAUCGUUAGAACCCGUUUUAAUCGAAUAUCUUUGUACUACAACUGAUCUUUUGGACCAAACUAUACAGUUGAACAGCAAAGUAGCCACUGAAUUAGCGUUCUGGAUGGCAAACGCUUCGGAGUUACUGAACUUUGUUCGUCAUGAUCAAGAUGUUUCACCGUGCACUGCUGAAGCUCAGGAUACUUUAGCAAAAACAGUUCAACUUGCUUUUAGGCAUUUAGUACAAUGUAUGCAGAAAGAAUUGUUUCAACUGAUGCCGGCAUUUUUAUCUUUAUCUGACGAUGAUUUGCCAGGUGGAAAUGAAAGCAGGAAUAAAUCCAGUGAUCAACCUACUAUGUAUAACAUACUUCACAUGCUGUCAUCUGCUAUGUCACUUUUGAGACGAUGUCGAGUCAAUGCAGCUCUUACAAUCCAACUCUUCUCUCAACUAUUCCAUUUCAUAAACAUGUGGAUAUUUAACGAAGUUGCCACCAAACCAGAGAGAGGGUUGUGCUGCAGGUCGUGGGGCAUUAAACUCAGAGCGAGACUAGCUAGAGUGGAGGCAUGGGCUGAAAAACAGGGAUUGGAACUUGCUGCUGAUUGUCACUUGGCGAGAGUAACGCAAGCAAUGCAUUUAUUACAAGCACCAAAACAAUCCGCAGAAGACAUUGCGGCUAUCAGCGGUACUUGUUUCAAACUGAAUUCUCUCCAGUUGAGGGCGCUAUUGAGUCAAUACAUUCCUUCUGAAAGAGAUGGAGAGACGUUGAUUCCUAAUGAACUGAUAGACAAAGUUGUGCAAGUCGCAAGGAAUACGGCUGAUGAACUAACUCGAUCUGAUGGUCGAGAAGUACAAUUAGAAGAAGACCCAGAUUUGCAGCUCCCUUUUCUUCUUCCUGAAGAUGGUUAUUCAUGCGACGUCGUACAAUCUGUUCCUUCUGGAUUGACUGAAUUUGCACGACCUCUAGUGGCUGAAAGUAUUUGUUCUUAUUCUGUAAAUCCUGAGGCAACUGGAUCAUGGACUGUUUAUUUCUAUGGAGAGGAACACCAUAUCGUUGAGGAAAAACCUAACGGACCAGCUACACCACCACCAUCUUUGCAACCUCUGGUUUUGGAACAACCAGAAAUGGCAACAGUUACCUUCAACAAGCGUGGAGGAGGGAUGGGACUCAGUAUAGUUGCUGCUAGAGGCCCGGGGCAAACAUCACUCGGAAUUUACAUUCGUUCAGUGGUUAAAGGAGGAGCGGCUGACAAGGAUGGAAGAUUGCAGGCUGGAGAUCAACUGGUUAAUGUCGAUGGUCACAGUCUCGUCGGCCUCACUCAAGAAAAGGCCGCAGAAAUCAUGACUAGAACAGGCCAGAUUGUGACAUUAACUGUGGCCAAAAAAGCUGCUCUCUUUCAUGGACUUAGCCCGCUUUUGGAUCCUUCUCCACAACAAGAACGAGCUCUGGUGACGCACAGACGUCCAGGUGGACACCAGCAACACCAUCCCCGCCCUAAAAGUGAUGGCUUUGCCUUGCACCAGCAAGGUUACCAACAGGACAACGAACCUCCAUAUGCCAAUGUCGAGACACGAACGCAUCCUACUAAGCCAAUGUCAAGCCAACAAAGGCCCGCUUCGCAUUAUCCUAAUCGUCGGAAAUCGCCAAUUAAUAAGUCAACUUCUCAGCUAAAUGCCGAAGACGUUAAACAUCCCACAACAAGAAUAACAAAUUCAUCACCAAGAGCCGCAGCAUCUAUGGGAAAUUUACAGCAUGCACCUGAACAUGACCAAUCCAAAUCGAAAGCGCUAGCUGACUGGCAGAAGACAUGGGAAGCAAAAAGAGCACAGACUACUUAUCAGAGAAAUCGUGCCAAGUCAUCAUCUGCUCUGAAUGCAGCAACGUCUCCAGAUCCUCGUAAUACAACAGGUGACGAACAGAAUCGCAGAAAACAAGUAGAAAAUCUUAUCACAGGACAUGUUAGUCCCAGACAACAAGAAAAAUCCAAGUUUUCUCCACCUGGUAAAUCUGCAGCAGAAAACUUAUCAAGAUCACGUCACAUGGGGUCAGCACAACGUUCUAUCGACAACCCCAACUACGAACUCCAGUUGCCCCCUCCACCAACGCCACCCCCAGUAUCACCCAUAGCCAAAAGUCCAGAGCUCCCUACUUCUCAAAAGGAUUCGCCAAGAAGUUAUGUACAACCAUCGCCAAAAGGAUAUCGCAAGCCCGAUACUAAAUCUCCUUCACCUAAAGGAUCGUCUCAUACCAUGGGUAGAUCAGUUGAAAGACAACCAGAGGUUGCAAGAGUUGCUCCAACACAGAAAACCGACAAAUCAAAAUCUUCCACUCUGCCUCGUCAUUUCAAAUCUGGACCAACAUGGGACGCUGAUUCUAAGCAGAAAGCUGUUCAAGAACAACUCAAUGCUUUACGUGAUGAGGAAAUUGAUGAAUUAUCAGCAAAAAUUGAUUCGCUCUCUGCUCUGGAGAAAAACCGACUAAACAACCUACUACAAGAGAGAGAAUUUCAACGAAGAGUUGAAGAGGAAAACAGAAGAAUAUUCUCAGAUGAAGAUCUCUCGGAUGAGGGAUAUGAUGUACCAGACAGACCUGAUCGAGAUCGAUUGAUUCGAAUGCAGGAUGAUCAUGCUGAACAAGUAGAUGCUCAAAGAGAUGAAGAAGAAACGUUCCGUCGUGAGGAAGAGAGAGAAAGGAGAAGGCAGCUUGAGAGGGAACGUAAAGAAGAAGAAGAAAAAGAACGACAGUUACGGGAAAGACUCCAACGGGAAAGACAGUUUGAAGAACAAGAAAGAAUUCGUGAGAAAGAGGAACAAAGAAGAAUGGAUGAAGAGAGACAGAAACAUGAAGAAGAACAACGUCGCUAUGAAGAAGAAAUGGCAAGACGGGAAGAAGAAAGAAGACAAUAUGAAGAAGAGAGACAUAGAAGAGAAAUAGAAAAAAGGCAAAUUGAAGAAGAGAGAUUCAGAAGGGAAGAAGAAAAAAGACUGAUGGAAGGAGAGAGAUACAGGAGAGAAGAAGAAAAAAGGCAAUUUGAGGAAAUGGAAAGGAGAGAACAUGACAGAAGACAACACGCUCAAGAAGAGAGAAUGCGCUGGGAAAGAGAGGAGGAAGAAAAACAGCGAAGGCAAAGAGCUUUUGAAGAAAGGGAAAGGAUGGAAAGAGAAGAACGACAGAAAGAGAGAGAAAAUGAAUUAGAAAGAUUGCGGAGUGAAAGGGAUGCACAUGCAAAGGCAAGGCAAGACAUACAGCGUCCUACUGAUGAAGAUGAAAGAGAGGAAGCAGAGAGAGAAUUACUCGAGAAACAAUUGAGUCAAGGAAAACCUAGUAACUUCCCAAAAUUCAGUCGGCCUUCUGCAUAUGGUGCUGCAUCUGUGUAUGGAAGACAUACGUCAACAUCUGCAACUCCGUACCAAUCUGUGACUGAUAGGAACAAACCGGUAAUGAGGCAACAUGUUGACAGAGGACCAAGACCUGUAUCGGAUGGUUACUUCCUUGGGAAAACAGAUCAUCUUCCUGAUACUAAGAAUGAAAUGCCAAACAACUCUUACAUUUCUGCAUCAAACUAUAAUGUGUCUGCAACUUCACCGACAUCGUCUCACAGUUCUCGAAGUCCCAACAAUUACGUCAGCUCCCACAGGAACCCAGGCGUAAUUGGAGCUCAAGAACGAUACCGGGAUCCACGUGAUCGAAGAGAAGCUGAAAUAAAGCGAGAACAAUCAAUGAAAAGAAGACAACAAGAACCAUCUUACCUGACAUUUAAAGACAGACAACGUCUUUUCUCACAAGGUCAAAACAGCCCGCUGGAGAAACCAAAAGCAUCAAAGAAACUUCUGGAAAUCGAAAGCAAUUUGAGAAAAAGUCAAAUGUCGUAAUUUUUUCGAAAUGAAAAUGUCUGCAAUCAUUUUUACAAUCGUUUUAGUGCUUUCUAAGUUUGUAUAACUGUACGGAGUCGCAUGAAUAUUAAAACAACUGGUUGCUCGUCUUAUUUCAAUUUAUGGUUAACGAGUUGCAACACAUUAAUCUUGUCAUGAAUGACAAAGAAUCACUGGUAAUCUAUAGUGAAGGAUAACACAAGAACUUUCUUGUUUUAAGAAUAUGCAGUAAAUUGGAUGGAUAGCCUUUAUUUUGAAAGCAUUUGGGAAAUCUUUCGUCAAAACACAGAUUAAAAAGGAUUGGGGUUUACACUACUGUAAAUUGAUUUUCUUUGUUAUCAUUGGUGCUGAGUUUCAUUUACGUUUGAUUAUUCCGAGAUGAAAAAAAAAAGGGGCUGAACAUGCGUUUUUUCAUUGUACUGCAGGAAUAUGUGGAUGAAUUUUAUUCUGUGGAAAUAUAUGUUUGUGAACAUAAAAAUACCUUAUUAUAUAACCCUUUUUUCUUAUUUAAUGCCUUUUCAGAUGUGAAAUGAUUAUUUUACCCAAAUGCACGAAGUUCUGUAAUGAGGGGGAUUAUUAAACUAAGCUGAAAAAACUUUUUUUUUUUUUUUUAAUUUUCAUUUAUAUAACGCAUUUAUUCCUGUAUUGACUGGUUGAUCUAUAUGUUCAAUUAUCGAUUCUCAAACAGAUUAAUUAGAUUAUUUAGUUGUUCAUUGAUUUUAUUUGUGAACUGAUCUAAGUUGGUAGCUAUGCUGUGUUUAAAUUGCUUGGUGGUUUUGUUAUUUAGCUUAUUUCCCAUUAUUGUCUGAUCAGUUUAAUAGAGCCUAACACAUUAUUAUAGGCAAUGUCAAUUUUUUUACCAAAUAGUUCUCAAUUUAAACGUCUCUAAUCAUUUUCCCAUUCCUGAUCAUGUUUUCCCGCAGUUACAAUUCAACUUUGGAAGCUUGAAUAUGGUUAAUUUAAACUUCAAAAUUUUGUCUUACAUAUUUGUCUUCGAAAAAAAUCACUGAAGUGUCAUCAGAUGAAUGUUUUUUUCCUUGAUUUAUAAACAACUCAACUUUGAGGAGCACAAACUACAUCAUAGUAAUGCCUGGUACUCUCUUAUCAAUUCCUUUAUAACCACCGAUUUAUGAUUUUCAUAUAUAUAGUUUUUCAUCUACUCAUUGUGGUAACUUUAUAUUUGUACAUGGUAUAUUUACUUAAAUAGGUCUUAUUUUUUGUUUUUACCCUUCUGACAUCAAUUGCUCACAUUUUAGUUUGAUUUGUAAAUGGGCGUUAUAUUUUGCUUGAAUUUAGUGGGUGAUUUUGCUAUCUUAAGUUGGGUUUUUCAAUGCAUUGAUAAUUUACGAUUCUUUAACAUGGAUGGAUUUCACUCGCCCUGUUCUGUAGUAGCUUUUGAUAUCGCAGCGUUGGACUGAAUACAUGAAAUUUUGUAUACUG